CUAUAACCUAGUUUAAUUUGCUACAAUGUUGUUUAUUAUCAACAAUUGCAAAUAAAUCUGAAUGAAUUAUCUGAAUAUAUACAAGUCAUAUCAGGUAUCUAUUUAAACUCUGAACUAAAUCACCUUGGAAAGAUGAUUGUAGUUCCUAGAUACAACGCACAGUGGCAUUUUAUGAAACGGGGUUCUUUGAAGGGUUUCCAGGAAGUAUGUUUUCACAACCACAAACAACUGACUGCUGAUGUUGAUCAUUACUUCCUGGAGGAAAGCUUGUAUUCAGGCAAAGAGAUGACUUUGGAAGUAUCAGGAGACUACACUAGAGCCACCCUCUUAUCCCGGCAAGUGGCUGACUCGAUUCCUUUCUCCUCUAACAAACUACCAGACAUCUUAGAUGAGUUCUCAAUUGAGCCCGGAUCAAUACAAGCAGAGGCCAUAGAGGAGACAAUCACAGCUUGCGAGAGGAGUACAGAAGAUAAUGAAGAAGAAGCAAUGCACUGUACAACAUCGUUAGAGUCGAUGAUAGACUGGAGCAUUUCAAAGCUGGGGAAGAACAUCACGGCAGUGGGGACAGAAGUAGAUGGAGAGAAUAGGCACAAGAAUCACUUCACCAUCUCUAGAUCUUCAGGCGUAAAGCAAAUGGGAGAAGGAAACCAAGUGGUGUGCCAUGGGAUGACAUACCCAUACGCUGUCUACUAUUGCCAUGUCAUACAUGGCACAAGGUCAUACAUGGUUCCCAUGGUUGCUGCUGAUGGCACAAAAGCCAAGGCCGUUGCUGUGUGCCACAUUGACACCAAGGAAUUCAGCCCUGACCACGUUGCCUUCAAAUUGCUUAACGUUAAGCCGGGGAGUGUUCCUGUUUGCCACUUCCUUCCGGAUGAUACCAUUUUCUGGUUUCCCAACUAGAAAUUAAUUCAUGGCCCCAGUACUAUCUCCAUGCACAUUGCAUAUAUAAUUAAGUGUGUUAUAUUACUGUAUUAUCGCACUUUAUUGUCUCCACUAGAUCUGUUAUGUGAUGAACCUUCCCCUAUAAUUUAUCUUUCGAUAAGCUUUUGCU